CUCUCCGCCACACAGUUGACAGGUGUGUUGGUGUGUUUGCAGGUGUGGGAGGGUCAGAGCAUUGUGAAGCUGGCCAGGAUGAUGCUGGGUGAGACCAACCCUGCUGACUCCAAACCUGGCAGCAUCCGCGGAGACCUGUGCAUCAACAUCGGCAGGAACAUCAUCCACGGCAGCGACACCCUGGAGAACGCCAAGCGUGAGAUCGGCCUGUGGUUCAAGGCCGAGGAGUUCGUCACCUACACACCCUGCACCCAGACUUUCCUGUAUGAGUAAACUGGCCAAUCAACAGUCAGUAAACCACACUCAACUGGACCCCCAACCCACUGACCCCGUCCGUCCGUCCUGCCUGCAGUUGAUCCCGACUUGACCUUCAUGAAUCAAUUCAGAACAUGUAGCACUUAUCAAUAAAGUCUCAUGUCAACAA